AGGCCUUUCGAUAAAAUCAGGAACUUGCGCUGGCCCUGCAAUGUCAAGGGAGGGGGUUCACCCAGGGCUCCUCUAGCUCAGGGGGCAGGCCUGAGCCCUGCGCCCGCCCCAAGUCCAUCUAGCCCCUGACGGGGCGCCCCAUCCCAAGGGGCUCUGCAUUGGCCCCCACCGAGACAGGGGACCUGACCAACUCGGAGCUCGGCUGGAUGUUACAGGCGUGCAAAAUGGAAGGGUUUCCCCUCGUCUCCCCUCAGCCAUCGGAAGACCUGGUUCCCUAUGACACAGAUCUGUACCAACGCCAAACACAUGAAUAUUACCCCUAUCUUAACAGUGAUGGAGAAAGCCACAGUGACCAUUACUGGGACUUCCACCCUCACCAUGUGCACAGCGAGUUCGAGAGCUUCGCCGAGAACCACUUCACGGAAUUGCAGAGCGUGCAGGCCCCCCAGCUGCAGCAGCUCUACCGCCACAUGGAGCUGGAACAGAUGCAUGUGCUCGACACCCCCAUGGCACCGACCCAUGCCAGCAUUGGCCACCAGGUCUCCUACCUCCCCCGGAUGUGCCUCCCAUACCCCUCUCUGUCCCCGGCCCAACCCAGCUCGGAUGAGGAGGAGGGCGAACGGCAGAGCCCCCCACUGGAGGUGUCUGAUGGGGAGGCUGAUGGCCUGGAGCCAGGGCCUGGCCUCCUGCAUGGGGAGACAGGCAGCAAGAAGAAGAUCCGCCUGUACCAGUUCCUGCUCGACCUGCUCCGCAAUGGUGACAUGAAGGACAGCAUCUGGUGGGUGGAUAAGGACAAGGGCACCUUCCAGUUCUCGUCCAAGCACAAGGAGGCUCUGGCACACCGCUGGGGCAUCCAGAAGGGCAACCGCAAGAAGAUGACCUACCAGAAGAUGGCCCGCGCACUGCGCAACUAUGGCAAGACGGGCGAGGUCAAGAAGGUCAAGAAGAAGCUCACCUACCAGUUCAGUGGUGAGGUGCUGGGCCGUGGGGGCCUGGCCGAGCGGCGCCACCCACCCCACUGAGCCCAGGCCCAUGAGCCCACUGGCCUCCAGGCCUCCCCGGCCAUAGCAUUAACCCCUUGCCCGGCCAGACACAGGAGGGAAGCUCUAGGGGCCAGGGGUAGGACAUGGCGGCCGGGCCUUGCCUCACCGCCCCACUCCUCCUCCUUCACGAGCCCACUCACAGCCCUGCUCCGCCUCCACCAGGACCCAGCCCCAGCUCUGGAGGGCCACCUGGGCACCUGGCCCCAGCCAGGAGUCGGCCUUGCUUAGUACAGCCAGAGGUGCUUCCUUGGGAGUUUGAAGUCAUCAUACUCUUGUAAAUUGAACCCUCCUUCUUAAGCCUCCCUCACUUCCCACACCUGUCCCCCAUUAGCUUCCUCAAGGAACAAAGAGUUAUUAAAGUAUUCUCAGUGAGUCCUCUUG